GCUAAUUUCAUUUCGGAGCCUUUCCCUUGAAUCAGAUAAAUCUAAAACCUCUCAGAAACCUUACCAAAGCCAAUGGCGCUAUUAUCAGCUUCUCUGUUCCUUCCUCUUUCCCCUCUCUUCUCCCUUCCUCCAAGACGGCGCCAUUUCGCUAUACUGAGACCUCAAAUUAGCGUUUUGUUCUCCAAUGGCGGAUUUUCGCGGAGAAACCUCCGAGUACGGCGGAGCCCAGUCUUCGCCACCAGAGAAGACCUCGACUUCGAUGCUGUCAACAUCGCGGAAGACGUAACCCAGUUGAUUGGGAGAACACCUAUGAUAUACCUGAACAAUGUUACAGAAGGGUGCGUGGCAAACGUUGCUGCAAAACUUGAAUCUAUGGAACCUUGUCGAAGUGUAAAAGAUAGAAUAGGUUAUAGCAUGAUAACUAGUGCUGAGGACAGUGGAGCAAUAUCUCCUGGAAAGACUAUAUUAGUUGAACCAACUAGUGGAAAUACAGGACUUGGUAUUGCCUUUAUUGCAGCAACUAAAGGGUACAAACUUAUAGUCACCAUGCCCGCAUCCAUAAGUCUUGAAAGGAGGGUCCUUUUACGAGCAUUUGGAGCAGACAUUGUUUUGACAGAUCCAGAUAAAGGCUUGAAAGGUGCUGUUGAUAAAGCUAAAGAAAUCAUCCUCAGCACGCCAAAUUCAUAUAUGCUUCAACAGUUUGAUAAUAUUGCUAAUACACAGAUCCACUUUGAGACCACAGGGCCAGAAAUUUGGGAGGACACAAUGGGCAAUGUUGACAUAUUAGUUGCUGCUGUUGGAACUGGCGGUACUGUCACAGGAACAGGGCGUUACCUGAAAAUGAUGAACAAUGAAAUAAAGGUAGUAGGAGUGGAACCAGCAGAAAGAAGUAUCAUCUCAGGGGAAAAUCAAGGUUAUGUGCCAAGCAUUUUGGAUAUCAGUUUGCUUGACGAGGUUAUCAAGAUCACCAAUGAUGAAGCUGUCAAAAUGGCAAGAAAGUUGGCGUUGAAGGAAGGUUUGCUGGUUGGUAUAUCUUCUGGAGCUGCUGCAGCUGCUGCACUAAACAUAGCAAGAAGGACUGAGAAUUCUGGAAAGCUUAUUGCAGUUAUAUUUCCAAGCUUCGGUGAGAGAUAUAUUUCAACUGUUCUUUUCCAAUCUAUUUAUGAAGAUGUCCAGAAGAUGGAAGGGAGAUAGUUCAAAGUUGUGGACAAUCAAUUAUUCCUCAAUAUUUUCCUUCUGUAUCAUCGGUCCAAAAGAAGCAGCGUUCAUCUGAUGGGUAAACUUUUUUAUAGGGGCUGUAUUGAUUGUGUUGGUUCAGGAGUGGGAUGCACAUUUUGUAGCUGUAUCCUGCAUUCUAUUUUGAAUUCUGUUAUCUGAGCUAAAGGAUAAGAUUUUAUUCCUUCGCUAUUCAUCAUGAGACAGAAUUUUGUUAUCCUGAAGGAGAUUUGUUGUGAUUACACGAGCUGCAGCUGCAGAAGUUUCGAUGUAUAACCCAUGUAGGAAAUCUCGGAUUAAUUAUUUUAUGUAAGUAUCCGAAUUAGGUUUUAAGAUUUGAAUUAUUUUGUGUUAUUUGGUAGUUAGGGGCAGAUGAGAUCUCAUACGGAGUAUCUCCUAGAUUUGAGAAGUAAUUUGUCUUUUGAAUUUGAAUAAAGAUUCAGACGAGUACAAUCUGAAUCUGUUAAAUAUAUGUAAUUCCACAUUUUGUUUAUUAAUGAAGUAUGCAGUG